AUGGUCUGCUCCAAGAUCAUCAAAGUAACCAGGAAGUGGCAGAAGAUGACGGCCAUGGAGAGCAAAAUAUCAUCUUCAUCCAAAAAUGUCAAUGCAGAUUGUUUUAUUGCAUCACUAACCUCUAACAAAGGCCAUUUUGUAGUCUACACCACAAACCGGAGGCGUUUCGCAAUGCCAUCGUCCUAUCUUAGCAACAACAUAUUUCUACAACUUUUCAAGAUGUCUGAAGAAGAGUUCGGACUGUCAAAGAAGAUUCUGAUUGAUUAUAUCAGGAACUGUUGCAUCAAGGAUGUUCAAGCCAGCACCUUGUUUCUGGUAAAUGAAGAAUUUAAUUUCCCCAUUUGUAAUGAUACUCCAUUUUGCACUGAUUCUACUAAGAAAAAGAAUUAA